CUACAAUGCAAGGUAGAGGAAAAGAAGAGACAGAUGAUCGAAUGGUGGCAGCAUCGAGAUAAGCCAUUUAUAUAAUACAAUGGCUUGCCAGUUCGUCUGUCUCGUCUGAUCAACUGCUUCCAUCCAUUCAACUAAAUAGAUUUCUUUCCUCCCUCUCCUAUCAUGGCUUCUUCUCGUGUUUGGCUCAUCACCGGUGCAACUUCCGGGUUCUUGAGAAACAUGCGGCCGGCUGCGGCCAGCGAGUGAUUGCUGCUUCCCGCAACCCCGAGAAGUUGAGGCUUGAUGAUGGUGCCGGCUACUAAGCUCGAUCCUAACCAGACCCUCGAGGAAAUCAAGGCGGCCAUGAAAGACAUCGUCACGAUAUACGACUCUAUAGACAUAGUGGUUAACAACGCUGGUUAUGUUCAGACAGGAAUCCUUGAAGAGGUUACCCCCGAAGCCACUUUCCGCCAAUUUCAAGUCAAUACCUUCGGCCCUCUAAAUGGAUUCUGUGCGGUGCUCCCGUAUCUAUGUGAAAGAAAUCCGGCACCCUGGUUACUAUCGGCUCGAUGGCGACCUCGCAUCCUAUGCAGCUUUACUAAGUUCCAUGCCGCAGAGUUGGAUAACCCUGUUAAGAAUAUGGAGAUUAUCUAUGAUGUUGUUACUUCCUCAGGACAUGCUGCUGGGAGAGAUCUACUUGCCUUGGGCAGUGAUGCUAUAGCUGAAAUUUCAAAGCCUGCUUCUCAGACUCUCACUGAUCUCAAGGCAUGGCAGGAGAUUAAUGUGAUAAGUGAUUUCUCUGAUGAGCAGGCGAGGAUAACACGCCGAACCCCCAACAAGAUAGACACGAGUGAUCCUCUUAUGAGAAAUUCCGAGGCUGAAAUCAUAUAUCAGUACUGGAUUCGAUGGAAGAUUCAACAGCAGAUUUGA